UAGGGAUGUGAUGGGAGACUAAUAGAGUUAUGAAUGAAUAUAAAUAAGGGGAAGGAGUGGUGGAUGGGAGCAUCGCAUUUCCAAAUGGAGUUGGCUAACAUAGCAAAGUGCUUAUUGUUGGGUGUUGUGAUUCUGUGGAUUCAAAUCCAUGGAAACAAAGGUUGCUUUGAAGAAGAGAGAUUGGCUCUCUUAGAUUUCAAGGCAUUUGUUGGAUCAAAUGGGUUUAACGCAGACCAUCUUCUUUCUUCAUGGAUUCAUGAUCCAACCAGCAAUUGUUGUCAAUGGGAGCGUGUCUUGUGCAACUCAACCACCGGUCACGUGACUGAACUCUCGCUCAACAAUACACGACAAUAUGAUCUAGAGAGUGAUUCGUUUUAUUUUGAUGAAAAUAGUUGGUAUGUAAACUUGUCAAUGUUCCAGCAAUUGAAAGAGCUCAAAACUCUUAAUUUAUCCUACAAUCAUUUCGAUUGUUCCAUUGAUGACAAAGGUUGUGAAAGAUUAUCAAAACUGAAGAAACUUGAAGAGUUGGACCUUAGUUCGAAUAGUUUCAAUAAUAGCAUCUUAUCAUCGUUGGCUGCUCUUCCAUCACUCAACACUUUAAUUCUCGCUUCCAAUUACAUGGAAGGUUCAUUUCCUAAUCAAGAAUUAAAGAAUUUGAAGAAUUUAACAUUCUUGGAUAUAAGUGAUAACAAUUUCAAUGGCACCCUAUCAUUUAAAGGAUUAUGCGGACUGAAAAGUCUCGUUGAGUUGGAUCUCGAAGGAAAUCAACUUUCUGGCCCUCUUCCAGAAUGUAUUGGCAACUUGACCAACCUCCAAUUUCUUGAUCUGUCAUUCAAUCAGUUGAGUGGCAACAUUCAAUCUAUUGUUUCUGAACUCACCUCCCUCAAGUAUUUGCUUCUUUCUGGCAAUGAGUUUGAAGGCUCAUUCUCACUUAGCGCUUUGGCUAACCACUCAAAACUUGAAGUAUUUAUACUCUCUCCUGAAAGUAGCAGGCUAGAAGUGGAAACAGAAAAUCCAACAUGGUUUCCUGCAUUUCAACUCAAGUACAUUCGAUUAUCAAAUUGCAACUUAAAUGUGAGAACUAGAGCAAUUCCUAGCUUUCUUCGUUACCAGCAUGACAUACGCUUUAUUGAUCUUUCUCAUAAUAAGUUGGUUGGAGCAUUCCCCACCUGGAUCUUACAAAAUAAUUCCAAUUUAGGAGUUAUAAAUUUGAGGAACAACUCAUUCACAGGAACUUUUCAACUGCCCAAUUUCAAGCAUGAUCUCGUUCUUUUAGAUAUUUCGAGCAAUAAUAUCACUGGUAUGCUGCCUAAGGAGUUUGGCUUGGUCCUCCCAAGACUAGAAUAUAUAAACAUGUCGAGGAAUAAUUUCGGAGGUAAUGUUCCUUCUUCAAUCAGUGAGACGCCAGCACUAUCUAUUUUGGUUUUAUCCCAUAAUAAUUUCUCGGGAGAAUUGCCAAGAAGUCUGUUCGCAAAUUGUACCAUGGAUUGUACACUGAUUCUAUCAAACAACAAUUUUCAAGGGAACGUUUUUCCUCAGGGUAUGAACUUGAGAAGCAUGACGGUGUUGGAUAUGAAAAACAACAACUUCAGUGCGAUGGUAGGUGUAGACUUGGUGAAUAGCUCCAGCCUCUCUUUUUUAGACAUAUCCAAUAACAAGGUAUCCGGUCCAAUUCCCAGACUUCUAUGUAAUCUGACCGAUCUUGUCUUUUUAGAUCUCUCAAAAAAUAGGUUGUAUGGGUCUAUUCCUUCCUGCUUCAAUUCUUCAUCAUUGCUCUUUCUGUUUUUACAAAAGAACAAUCUAAGUGGACCCAUACCCCAUGAGCUUCUUAGAAGUCCUAAUUUAGUGGCACUUGAUCUGAGGGAUAACAAUUUUUCUGGAAAUAUUCCAUCUUGGAUCGGUCAGUUCUCUGAAUUGCAAGUGCUUUCAUGGGGAGGGAAUGCAUUACACGGCCGUAUUCCUAAUCAGUUGUGUGAAUUAAGAAAUGCGAAUAUAAUGGAUCUUUCACACAACUUACUUUUUGGUUCCGUACCUGCAUGCUUUAGUAACAUUUCUUUUGGCAAUAAUAUAUCAUUUGGGAUGAUGGAAGUAUUUGAUAAAAUCGCUCCUAAUCUCUAUUUGCCAUGGGUAGAUUGGGAUUCUUCAGAAAUUGUGGAAGUGGAAUUUGCAACGAAAUAUAGAUACAACUCCUACAAGGGUGAUAUUAUCAACUCAAUGGCAGGAAUAGAUCUAUCAUGCAAUGAGUUAAGUGGCAGCAUUCCUCAAGAAAUUGGAGACCUGCAUCAAAUUCGAUCAUUGAAUUUGUCUCACAAUCAUAUAACAGGAUCUAUACCAGUCAGUUUUUCAAAUCUAAGGAGUUUAGAGAGCUUAGAUCUUGGCAACAAUAAUUUGAGUGGUGAAAUCCCGAGUGAACUAGUUGUGCUGACCUUUUUGGAAACUUUCAAUGUUUCAUACAACAAUUUAUCAGGUAGGGUUCCUGAUGGAGCGCAAUUUGGAACUUUCGAUGAAAACAAUUACAGAGGUAAUCCUGGUCUCUGUGGAGAACGCAUUCAUAAGAGCUGCAAAAGUGAUGAAGCUCCACAAACACCGCCACCAUCUGCUGAUGUAGAAGAGGAAGAUGAAGGGGGUAUUGAUAUGGUGUGGUUCUACUGGAGUUUCAGUGGAGCCUAUGUCACAAUCCUAUUGGUGUUGGCAGCAAUCCUCCACAUCAACAGGCAUUGGCGCAUGUUGUGGUUUUAUUAUGUUGAUGUUUGUAUUUAUUCAAUUUCCAUGUGGGUUUGUCAGAACUGAUUUCAAGCAAUAGUCUGACAAAAAGACACAUUGUAAUACAACAUAUAUGUAUACAUUUGGUUUUAAUGUUGAUGUUGCCCUUAUUUUGCUUCUGGUAGAAUUCUGGUUUCUAAGGAUGUUGGUCUAGUGGAAAUGGAAGAACCUUAGGGCAAUAUGGAUACUGCUCUCUAGUGUUUAGGAAGGAAAAGAACUCUAGAUUGAUGCAAUUUUAAAGGACUGGUUCUUGGGUUUACUUUGCUGCAAGAAUGCUAGGGCCAUGAGGUGCUUUCAUGGCUUCUGAAUGACGGAGUGAGCAAAUAAAAAGGUCAGAAGAAUAUGGAAUGUAAGGGAAGAUUCAUUCGCUGUACCAGAUAUGUUAUUUCAAGCCGAAUAUCUUAUCUUUUAG